AUGGUGAAGCACAAUGUCUUAGGCAACAGGCCACACCACCGAACCAACAGCCAUCAUCGCACCGCCCACCACGACCGCCCGCCACGUCACGGGCAGCCCCACGCAAAGACGAGGGGACACGCUGGCGCUCGCUCGAAGGCUCCAAUCAUCGUGGAUGAUGGCACGAUUCCCGCCGCUUUCAUUUCGCCCUUUCAGGCAUCUCAGCCGCAGGCUGGGCAGCACUCCGCCACGGUUGUCAGGACAUCCGUCUCGGGCCCGUCGCAGCAGCAGAUGCUGUUUUACUCCAGCGUGCAGCGCCGUGGGGGUGUCUUCACAAAGUCGGAGUAUGAGACGAAGGCGCAGCUGGCACGAACGGGUGUCCUUCCCAACUCGAUUGCGUACCGCAAACGAGCCCGGAUCGCGAUGGAGGAAAAGACAGGGAAGCCCCAGACACUGCAGGGGCGUUUUGCCGACAUGCAAUCGGAAAAGGUGCAGGAGGAUGUGCGCCAGGCGAAGGCGCUUGUGGUGAAAAAUACAAAUGCGAAUCGCUUUGCUGUGGAAGAGAGCGAGAGUGACGAAUUGUAG